CAUUCUGCAUCUGUGAGUUUGACCAUCUCUCAUUCUGCAUCUGUUAGUUUUGAAAAAAGUGAUUGAAGUUUCUUGUGAGAAGAAGUGAGAUAGGCUAAGAUGGCUGCUGAGGCUCAUGUUUCCUUUGUCCUAGGAAAACUCAGCAAUUUCCUGGCUCAAGAGGCAGCUUCCCUCUAUGGAGUGCGUGAUCAGGUCGAGUGGGUCGAGAGAGAAUUGAGGCGAAUGCAGUGCUUCUUGAAAGAUGCUGAUGCAGAACCAAGCAGUGAUGCGAGAGUGAAGAAUUGGGUGGCGGAUGUGAGAGACAUCGCUUAUGAUGCAGAAGACGUCAUCGAUACCAUCCUCAGAAUAGAACAACAAAGGAGAAGUGGGUACGUUGGUUUCUUCAAAAGGCGCAUGUUCAUCAAUGUUGAAUUAUCGGCUCGAGAUGAGGUCAGCAAUGGGAUCGAACAGAUAAAGAAUAAAAUCCGGGAGAUCUCUGCGAGUACUCUGACAUUUGGCAUUAAAGAUCUUGAAGAAGGAAGCAGUUCCAGGGCUGAAAGUUUACAAAGGCAAAGGCGAACUUCUCCCCUAUUUGAAGAGACAGAAAUUGUCGGUUUUGAAGAAGUUGUAAAGACAUUGGUGGGACGGUUGAUCAAGGGCACUCCACGACGUUGUGUGGUUUCUGUAGUCGGAAUGGGCGGUAUUGGCAAAACUACUCUUGCCAUUAAAGUUUAUAACAAUGAUGCUGUUAAGAAACAUUUUGAUUGUUUUGCAUGGGUUUCUGUAUCUCAAGAAUGUGUUCUCAACGAUCUUUUGCAAAGCAUUAUAAAAUGUUUUAUGACUCUUAAUAAAGAAGAGCUUGAGACAGCAGACUACGUUCAAUUGAAGCAGAAGCUUUUCGAUCAUUUGAAAGGGAGGAGAUAUCUUGUGGUGUUGGACGAUAUGUGGAAGACUAAAGCAUGGGAUUAUUUAGUGGAUGCUUUUCCAAAUACAAAUAGGGGAAGUCGAGUCCUACUCACCACCCGCAACAGAGACGUAGCGUCAUAUGCAGAUGCACGGAGCUCUCCCCACAUGCUGCAGCUUUUAGGAGAAGAAGAUGGAUGGAAAUUGCUUAGUAAGAUAGCAUUCUUACAACAGGAUAUCCAUUACCCACAAAAUUUAGAGAAGAUAGGAAAAGCGAUUGUGGAAAAAUGCUGUGGUCUGCCCCUUGCUAUUGUUAUCAUAGGGGGGCUACUAUCAAGAAAAGCGACAGAUGCAAACGAGUGGGAGAAAGUACUCAGGAAAAUUAGCUCACAAUUCAUCGAUGAUGAAUUUCCAAUCACAAGAAUAUUAGCUUUAAGCUAUGAAGAUCUACCCUAUAGUCUGAAACCAUUCUUUCUCUACUUCGGUGUUUUUCCAGAAGACCACGAGAUCCGUGUUAAGAAAUUGAUUCGGCUGUGGACCGCAGAAGGAUUUGUCGAGCCAGCAAGGGAGGAAGCUGCAGAAGUUUGCCUGGAGGAGCUGAUCCACAGAAGUCUGAUUCAAGUAGCAAAAAGAAGUUCCAUUGGCGGAGUUAAAAGCUGCCGCAUCCAUGAUCUGUUACGCGAACUCUCAAUUUCAAAAGCCAAGGAAGAUAAUUUCCUCGACGUUCAAAAUCAACAUACUAAUCCUCUCUCUCCACCAAAAGGACGCAGGUUUGCUAUUCAUCAGGCACCUAGCAAGUUCACUUUCUUAAAUGCUUCCUACCUGCACCUUCGUUCUGUGUUGUGGAUCACCAAAAACAGUGGCUGGCUUAGAAAAGAGCAAGAGAAGUUUCUUUACAGACGAUUCAAUUUGCUUAGGGUUCUAGAUCUAUCUUAUAUAAAAAUUCCAAAGCUUCCAAAUGAAAUAGGUACCCUAAUCCACUUGAGAUACCUUGGCGUCAUGGUAGAUCCACUAAUGACCUUCUUUGAAUUUUUCUUAAAUGUGAAGAGAUCCACCCCAACAAGCCUCCCAUCAUCCAUGAUCAAUCUUCACAAUUUAGAAACAAUGUAUGUAAGAGAAAGUUCUUGCUCAAUCUACAUACCCAGUUUUAUUUGGAAGAUGAAACAAUUAAGGCAUGUGGAUGUUCCCAAAGGAAUAAUAAUAAUUAGUGAAGGCCUCUGGUCUAAAAUAGUGCGGCGUCCAUCACUCGGACUCGAUUGUUUAGCUAAUCUCGAGACUCUGAAAGGUGUGAGGGCUGGCGAUUGGAUAGAGGAUUACUUGGGGAAGCAAACUAAUCUUAAGAGAUUAGAAAUAUGUGAGAUCCUCUGGAGUGGGCAUGGAAAGGGAUUGUCCAACUCUCUUACCAAAUUGGACCACCUCCAGUCUUUGAGUUUGCAAUGGGAGGAUGCUAUUCCAGUGUUUUUGUCCUUUUCGCAUCACCUGCAUUUGAAGAAGAUGUUUUUGAGGGGAAAGCUAAAGCAGCUACCUGAAUCGUAUGAAUUCUCACCUAACCUCACCAAGCUUACCUUGGAAGGCUCCAGGUUAAUGGAAGACCCGAUGGAGACAUUGGAGAAACUACCCAACCUUCGGAUUCUCAGAUUGCUUCUUGAUUCAUACAAGGGAGAAAAAAUGGUUUGCUCUGCACAGGGGUUUCCUCAACUCGAAUACUUACAUGUUGAAAAGUUAGAUGAAUUAGAAGAAUGGAGAGUGGAGGAAGGAGCGAUGCCAAGGCUUUUACAUUUGCUGAUUUUGGAAUGCUCCCAUUUAAAGAUGCUUCCGGAAGGAUUGCAAUGUGUGACUACCCUCAAGAAAUUGGAGGUGCGGAAAAUGGAUUAUGAAUUCAAAGCCAGAAUGUGGGAAGACUGCGGUGAGGAUUGGUAUAAGAUUCAACAUAUACCCUCCAUCGAAAUACAAUAAGUUGCUGCUAUGGGGGCUAUAUCAAAGGCAGGUGAGUUUAGUUGCUUGUUUCUUCCACCAACGGAAAACGCAUGGAAGGGCAAAUUAAUUCAUCAUCUCAACAAAGGCGGGUGAGUUUUUCUUCUUCUUUGGUUUACUUCCCUCUUCUUUUUUUUUUUUUUUUUUCCCUUUUGACAUAAUCUUGUUCUUUAAUUCCUUUCUAGUAUCCAUCUUGAUAGGAAGAAGAACUUCAAAUACACACUAGGAAAAAAUAUUCAACUAGAUUGAAUGUCACACACGUAGAACAUAAUCAGCUAGAUCAUUACCUUCCCUUCUUGCCUUUCAUUCAUACACCUUUUUCCUUCGAUCCGAAUAAUCAUGCACAACUAGUUGAAUAUUUGAUCUCAUUUCCCUCCUCUUGAUUGACACUGUAAAAGUAUAAUCACACACAUUCUAACUUUUGCUUAUAUUAAUUGAUCUUUUUUUUUUUUUUUUUUUUUCAGUUUGCGCAAGUGGGGCCCAGCCUGAUUUGGGUUGGGUUGUCAAGGUACUUUGGUUGGGUUUGGGUUGGAAUUUACCAACCCAAUUUGAAUUCGGGUUGGGUUUCGGUUGAGCAAAUUCAAGUCUGGUUAGGUGGGGUUGGGAAUAAUCACAUGUAUUUGGAUCAGGUUGGCUCGGGGAUAGAGGAUUACCGGUUUUGUUUGGGUUAGUCGUGAACUUUUGACCAUUUUGGCUUCCAGCUUGAGGGCCAUCAUUCAAACAGUAAGAAUGGGCUUGCCAGUGCUAUUUUCAGACUGUGCUUAUCUGGGAAAGGGUUCUGAUCAUCUAAGUAUACAGCCACAUGGACUUCAAUUCAUCUAUAAAAAUAGCAUUAGCACGAGCAAACCAAUUGAACUCCGCCGCUCUUAACAUGCAGUAUCCUUUCUUUGAAUGCUUAAGGAUGUAUUGAGAUUUGAAAAUCUCAAGCCUUCACAAUCCAACUGCUUUACAUGCCAUCACAU